GGAGUCAGGUCUUUCAGCUCACACACUCCUCCAUCCAUGAGUGCGGAAUCUCGCUGUAUCUGAAGAAGAAGUGCUGGGGGAGGCCGACGAUUUCGGAUUUAUCGACAAAACAACAAGAAGUUGGUGUUUCCGAACAUACGCCGAUUUAUACGGAGAAAUUCGUCUCUAAUAAACCCGCUUUCCAGGGUUUUGAUUUGUUUUGAUCUGCCGACCGAAGUGGCGAAGGGGGUAAAAGUUUUUCCUCUACCCUCAUUACGCACGAGCGCAAACAAAACCCGCACGGGUGGGAUUUCCAGAAGGAAAAACGUGCAAACUCGCUGAGAAAAUCGGUGUUUUGGGUGAUGGGAGUGAAUUUUAGACGUUAUGUUACUUCAUGAUAUCAUCUUAAAGCCGAGCACGCGUCUCUACUGAGGAUUUUAUUCACCGAUUUCAGAAGGUUUUCCGGCGAGUCAAGGAAAAACUGAGCAACAUCUGAAGAGUUUUCAUUUAAAAACAAACAAACAAAGACUAAACUUGCGAACAAGCAAGACAUGUGGAGUUUCAUCCAUUGACUAUUGUGGAGACGCUAUUUUAUCUGUUCAGGAUUGAGUCUUUCCUCAGAGGAUUUGCUUCAGAAAGUGCUGAUGUCCUAGUCGACUUCAUGGAGAGCUGGGCUGGAUGUGGAGUUCAGAUGUAGAGGAUCUUUGAUAAUAAUAAUGAAGAUGAUGAUGAUAAUGAAGACCACGCUGCUGCUGAUCUCAGUACUGUUAACUCAAGCUCUUCAGUCGCAGGGCAGACCAGCCAUCCAAGAUGAGGCCCCGGCUGAGCCCACAUCGUACACUCUGGAUUCAGGAGAGAAACUGGAGCUGUCCUGUAAAGCUAAAGAGGACACACAGAAAGUGACCUGGACCAAGGACCUCGUUCCACUGGUUGACGGAGAACACACACGCCUGCGCAACGAUCAGAUGGAGAUCGAGAAAGUAGAGCCGACCGACUCUGGUCUGUAUGCUUGCUUUGCUCAGGGACUCAACAGCAACCAUACAGAAUACUUCAAUAUCAGUGUUACAGAUGAAGAAGACGAGGUGGAUUCUUCCUCAGAGGAGGCCAAGCUAUCAAAUGACCAAAAUCUUCCGAUGGCCCCCGUCUGGGCUCAACCUGAUAAGAUGGAGAAGAAGCUACAUGCGGUUCCUGCCAGUAAAACCGUGAAGUUUCGUUGCCAGGCCAAUGGAAAUCCUACACCGACGCUCAAGUGGCUUAAAAACGGCAAAGAGUUUAAGAGAGACCAGCGAAUAGGAGGCUUCAAGGUACGAGAGCACAUGUGGACCAUCAUAAUGGAGUCAGUGGUGCCGUCAGACAGAGGAAACUACACCUGCCUGGUGGAAAACAGACACGGCAGCAUCAAUCACACAUACCAGCUGGACGUAGUCGAGCGUUCACCGCACCGGCCGAUCCUCCAGGCCGGGCUGCCUGCAAACCGUACCGCAGUGGUGGGCAGUGAUGUGGAGUUCGAGUGUAAAGUGUUCAGCGAUCCUCAGCCUCACAUUCAGUGGCUGAAACACAUCGAGGUGAACGGCAGCAGAUACGGACCUGAUGGACUGCCAUAUGUCCGAGCCUUAAAGAACUCUGGGGUCAACAGCUCGGACACACAGGUCUUGACCCUGUACAACGUGACCGAAGAACAAAGCGGAGAGUAUAUAUGUAAAGUGUCCAAUUAUAUAGGCCAAGCCAACCAGUCGGCGUGGCUCACCGUGGUUAAACACUUACAAGCCGUUCCCCCGACUCAGCUGCCCAACCAGACGUACCUGGAGGUGCUGAUCUACUGCGUGGGCUUCUUCCUCAUCUGUGUGAUGGUGGGGACCGCCGUGCUGGCCAAAAUGCACAGCUCUGCCAAGAAAAGCGACUUCAACAGCCAGCUGGCCGUCCACAAGCUGGCCAAGAGCAUCCCCCUGCGCAGACAGGUAACAGUGUCUGUGGACUCCAGCUCAUCUAUGCAUUCGGGUGGGAUGUUGGUCCGUCCAUCCCGUCUGUCCUCCAGUGGCUCCCCAAUGCUCUCAGGGGUCUCCGAAUACGAGCUUCCCCAGGACCCACGCUGGGAGGUGCAACGAGACAGGCUGGUUCUCGGGAAACCUCUUGGCGAAGGCUGCUUUGGACAGGUGAUGAUGGCCGAGGCGAUGGGGAUGGAUAAAGAAAAACCCAAUAGAAUCACCAAAGUGGCCGUCAAGAUGCUCAAAUCGGAUGCCACGGAGAAAGACCUGUCAGACCUGAUCUCUGAGAUGGAGAUGAUGAAGAUUAUUGGCAAACACAAGAACAUCAUCAACCUGCUGGGAGCCUGCACACAAGACGGUCCGCUGUACGUCAUCGUGGAGUUUGCUGCUAAAGGGAACCUGCGGGAGUAUCUGCGCGUACGGCGUCCACCAGGGAUGGAGUACUGUUAUAACCCUGACCAGGUGCCAGUGGAGAACAUGUCCAUUAAAGACCUGGUGUCCUGCGCAUAUCAGGUGGCCCGAGGAAUGGAGUAUCUCGCAUCCAAGAAGUGUAUUCAUCGAGACCUGGCUGCUCGGAAUGUGCUGGUGACGGAAGAUAACGUUAUGAAGAUCGCAGACUUUGGCCUGGCCAGAGACAUCCAUCAUAUUGAUUACUACAAGAAGACCACCAAUGGUCGUUUGCCGGUGAAAUGGAUGGCUCCCGAAGCUCUGUUUGACCGCAUAUACACCCAUCAAAGUGACGUCUGGUCUUUUGGGGUGCUGCUGUGGGAGAUCUUCACUCUGGGGGGCUCUCCGUACCCCGGCGUCCCCGUCGAGGAGCUCUUUAAGCUGCUGAAGGAAGGACACCGCAUGGACCGACCCUCCACAUGCACACAUGAGCUGUAUAUGAUGAUGAGGGAUUGUUGGCACGCCGUCCCGUCUCAGAGACCCACUUUUAAACAGCUGGUGGAGGAUCUGGACCGCACCCUCUCCAUGACGUCCAAUCAGGAGUAUCUGGACCUGUCCGUAUCUCUGGACCAGUUUUCUCCAAACUUCCCGGACACUCGCAGCUCCACCUGCUCCUCAGGUGAAGACUCAGUGUUUUCUCAUGACGCCGGAGCCGAUGAGCCCUGUUUGCCCAAAUUCCCACCCCAUCCCAACCGAGGAGUGGCCUUUAAAAAGCGCUGAGGACUCAUUUACUCAGUGUGUGUGUGUGCAGACUUAUGAACUCUGGGAGAAACACAUACAGCUGCACACAAAACCGCCAAAGCUUCAAGUGCUUGAAAUACGGACUAUCACUGCUCCUGAAACGCUGGAGGACAGGAAAGUGGUACUCGGAUGUUCUCAAAACUCAAAUACAUCCGUCAUUGUACGAUCUCCAGAUUGACUGGCGUUGGGGGCGUUGAUGUUUUUUAUCGCUGUUAAUUUUAGCAUCCAAAUCGUUACGAAACAAACUGAGAUCCACCGAAAUGGUCCGCCCGAAUGUAUUUUUACCAACGGGUUGAUCUGACUUGACCUCCUUUCCUGUAAAUACAUCUAGAAAUGUAUAAAUAUGAAUAUAUAUUUACACUCUACCCCUAUUUUUAUUACACUAUUGGUUUUUGUACCAG